AUGAAGACUACGAUUCUACUGUUUUGUCUUCUAGGAUCAACUCUGUCAUUACCAAUGCAGCUCAACCCUGCUUUGGUACUUCCUUCAACAAAGCUGGUUCCAGAUCAGGCGACACUGCUAAACCAACAACAGCCAAAUCAGGUCUUCCCUUCUUUAAGUCUAAUUCCAUUGACACAGAUGCUCACACUGGGGUCAGACCUGCAACUGCUAAAUCCUGCUGCAGGGAUGGCACCUGGUACCCAGACCCUCCCACUGACCCUGGGGGGAUUGAAGGUACAGCAGCAGCUGCAACCACAAGUGUUACCAGUUAUUGUAGCACACCUUGGAGCCCAGGGUGCUAUCCUAAGCUCAGAGGAAUUGCCAGCGACCCCCCAAAUCUUAACAGGAUUUAUCUUCCAUCCCUUGUUUCCCCGAGUCAUCCUGCCCACCAGUCAGGCUACUCCAGAUGUCCAGAAUGGAAUCCUUCCUGCAGGACAAGCAGGAGCAAAUCCUGCCAUCCAGGGAACCCCAGAGGGCCCCUUCCCAACUACCACUGGCACAGAUGACGACUUUGCAGAGACCAUCCCUGCAGGCAUCCAAAGGGGCACACACACCACUGAGGAAACCACCACAGGGUCACCAAAAGGAAUUUAG